UACUAUUUACGUGUGACAUAGUCUUAGUGGAUUCUUGGACAGAUGGAUUCUAGAAAAAUCAGAUCAGCGUAUGAGGGACGUUCCAUCCAGGCUCCAGGUGCAAUUCGACAUGGUUCACUUGCUGGCUCAGGUCCUCCUGCUCGCGGGGCUUUGGAGCCACUUCCUCGACCUGAGCUUUUAGAGAACAAGAUUGCUUCUCAGGCUGCAGAACUUGAGCAACUUGCUGUAGACAAUCACAGAUUGGUAGCUCGCCAUGUCGCCUUGAAGGAGGACCUUGUGGCUGUUCGGCAUGAAGCGCAGAAACUCAAGGAACACAUAAGAAGCAUUCAGAAUGAGAGUGAUAUUCAGAUCAGGGUUCUAUAGGAAAAGA